CUCCUUUUUCAUAUUUUCGCUCUUUUCUUCCGCUUUCGCUUCUUCUCUCUCUUCUUUAAUUUUCUCUUGUUCUUCUAUCCUCUUUCAUUAGCCAGCAGUUCGGCUCGUCUAUUCUCUUUCUCGCUCGGCACAUACCUUCUCAACCCCUAUUUUCUCUGUAAAGGUUUAUACUCACAAUUGAUGAUCUGGUCCAUAGUUGAGUACUGGCUGCGAAUCAUCGACAUUCUUACCGUACUAUUAGCCAACGGAGCAGCAUUCUUACAAGCUGUGUACGAAAUUGGCACGGAUGACGGUCGACGACAACGACGGGAGAAACAACAGCAACACCAACGGCGACUUGGUCGUCAAGGAGACACCAUGACAACAGCAACCCAAUUGCCACAACAACAAGAAUGGGGGCAGCAAGACGAGGAGCAACAAGACCCUUAUUGCAAUUAUAGGAGGCAUCGUGGCAGUACUUCCCCACAAUUACAGCAAAGAUACCAUCACUACCGUAGUAGUACAGCAACGACAGAAACAGCAACAGCCACUGUAAGGAGACGACGACGACUUGCUGCUUUGCACAAGCACCACUCGCAAAAGCAUCAGCAGCCCAACCAUAUCGACACGCUGCCCAACGAAAUUUUGACGGUUGUCUUUGAAAUGACCGCCUCACCGCGUCAUCUCUAUCAAUGCACUCUUGUAAGCCAUCGCUGGCACGCACUCGUGACGCCCAUCUUAUGGAGAGCCCCGGUACUCACCGGCCCUGUCUGCUGCUUCCCCCCUUUUGUCAAAAACUCUACCUUGACUACAACCACUCCUUGUGACCAUUAUCAUUCUUCGCCUCACUCCUCAUCACCAUCACUGGUGCUGGCAGACAGCACAUUCCCGAUCCACUUGGCAAAAUAUGGCUCUGCCAUCCGCAAACUUGUCCUGCCACCACAGCAUACAACCGACUGCUCCAUGGCCCACAUUUCCCGCUCUUGUCCUAACUUGCAAGAUUUGUGCGUGGAUGGCUGCAAACGCGUCAGCAAUCUGGGCCUAUUGUUCUUGACCCGCCAUUGCCGCAAGCUCGAGCGUCUAUCCAUGAACCGUUGCAUUUUGAUCGAUGAUCAAGGCCUGUCCUAUCUGACAUCAAGCCAACAAAAACUGGCCGAAAUACACAUGGCUGGUUUGAAGCAGGUUACCAGCCGAGGCGUUACACAGCUAGCUCAAGGAUUGCCACAUUUACAUGCUCUUGAUGUCAGUGAUUGCACAGGUGUGACAGAAGUACGAGAACUGAUGCGAGCUUGUGGCACCAAGCUAACUUAUUUGCAACUGAAUCGGCUCUCCUCUUCUUUGCUGACAAACAACAACGCUAAUAACAAUAACAAUAACGACGUUACGGAUUUGAUUGUCCAGCAUUGUCCUAAUAUCACUCAUCUGGGCAUUGCACGCCGCAAAUUAAAACGAGUAUCGUCCUCUUCUAUGGCGACGGAUCGGCAGCUGAACGAUUUGAUCGACUCGCUUGAACGACAUAACAUCGUAUUGACGCGAUUGGGCGCCAACCUGAUGCGCCGGCAUCGUCAGCGACGACGGUACCAACAGAAGCAUGAUGUACACGAGCUUGAUCAGCAACAGUUCUUGCAACUUGUGCGAGGUUUGAAACAUUUACAAUAUUUGGACGUUUCGAAUUGGGAUGUGUUGGAGGAUGACUGGGUCAAGAACGCAGUAACAGGUCUUAAGAUCACACACGUUCGGUUGUCUGGAUGUCGCCAUGUCACCACUACCAGCACCAACACCAACACUUCAUUUACUGCUUUGCCAAAGGACAAUGACAAUCUUUCUAAGACUGCUACCGCCAUUACAACGGCCUAAUAUUAUAAAUCUCACUAUCUAUUCUGGUAUCAUCUUUUUUGUAUAUAUAUUUCUUGAAUUUUUUGUGUACUUUAAAAAAUUGCUUCUAGCCUUUUUCUCCAACGUUCUUUCUCUCUCUCCCUUUCGACCCUUGUAUAGUUCAGCU